AUGCUGACCGCUGCUCAUUGUGUUUGCUACGACAGGUCUUGGAACUUUAUCGAAAGAAGAAGACAGUUUCGGUCUUGCAAACUUUUCUCAAAUUCAAUGCAACGGAUCAGUGAGGGCGGAUACUCGAUUGUUAAAAUACUAUUUAUAUGUACAGCUAUCGCUACAGCUGCCAUUGCCGGGGGCUUUUGCGCAUACUAUUACUUUUUCUACCGAAAGAAGAAGAAGCUGCAUAGAAACAAGCCUACCGAAAAUGUGAAGCCUAUUAAGGAAUCUAGAGAAAAACUUUCAAAGGAGAUAGAUUCUCGAGAACGCAAACCUUCGAAGGAGCUCUCAAAGUCUCCGCCUUUCACUCCGGAAAUACCUGUUCAACCUCGCAGUCUGAUAAUUAAUAUGGCUGAGCAUCGUUAUGGAGGAAGACUUGUUUUGAAAGACAUGAAAGGGAAAGUGAGGCAUGCAUUAGAAAGCGAUCGUUCAGAACGUCUAGAUAAAUUGGAAUUUGACGAAGAUAUGAAUGAAAUUGUCGACAUUGGCACAGAUGUAGACAUAAUUCAAGCAGGUACUCCGAAAGAAAGCCGUGAAUACAGGCGUCAAAGGAGAAAAGACAAACAACAAAGCGAUUUAGCAAGGACUCCUACUAAUUCAGUUGGAUCUCUGGAACCCAGUAAAACUCCACCGCUCGAAAAAAACAUCUCAUCAAAGAGUAAAACUUUUUCGCUCAAGAAAAACCCUUCAUCUCAGAGCAAGUCGCCUCCUGUCGAGCCCAAUCCCGUUCUUCAAAGACCUACAAGCAGGAAACCUAAAAAGAAGCAUAAGCAUCACAAAGGAAGGAGGAAAGAGCAUAAUUUUAAGAGGUCGACGAAUGUGGCCCAUGGAUGAGAUCUGGAAACGGAAAUGCAAGAG